GGUUUUGUUAAGCACGGUUAUAAGAGGUGGCCCUUCAUCAAUAAAUUCUUAAUCUCUAUUAAUAGCAGCGUACAGUGGCACACUUUUAAAAGGGAAUAACCUGUAUCUCUUUGUUUUGGCAGAGAUGGAGAACGUAUCGUAUUCCGAGGAUAUAUUUAAGUUGCCCAAUAAAAGCAAAUCUGGGUAGCUACCUGAAUAUAAGAGUAAAGAGCUGAGGUGCGAAAUCUUCAAAGAAAACGGAACCAGCAAAGACGCUGGAUGGAGAAUAGAAAGCUAAGUAGGUCUACGGUACGUGACCAGCAACUCGCCCUUGAAUCUACUCUAGAUCCACACUUCCGGAUUGUGAGCAGGUGGGAAGAGGAUGUUUAUUCCCAGGUCCGCAUAAGUCUCCUCGCCUUUUAGUCUUCUCUUUACCAGCAGCGGUACAGAGCCUUUGACCUGAAAAGGACCUUGGAGACCCCUCUAAUCUAGUCUCCUUCCCCCUCAUUUUCCAGAGGAGGAAAUACACAUAUUAAAUAGCCAAGGCAGGAUUUAGUCCUUUCACUCCUAACAUUGUACUACGCUGCCUCACAGAUCUGGGCCGAUUUGAGACUCUCACAAGGGCGGAACCAAUCGUCCUCCCGCAACAGGAAACAAAAAGCGAAGCUGCGUCUUCCAGAAUAUAACCACACCACUCCUAGAGUUCCUAGCGUUCUGCCCAAUCGCUACGGUAGCCGAGAAGGCAAAUUACUCGGAGCUGAAAGAUUCUCCCACCACUGCGCAGGCGCAAACUCGCACACCACUUUUCCUGGGCCUUCCCGCGGCCAGUUCAGUCAGGAUCUUGCGUUACCCGCAUCGGUCCCACCUUUCCAACUCUUGACCAUCCCGACUUCGAAACCAGUCACUCCAUUGGCUGAGACGAGGAGAAGGACCGCCUACUGUCUAGAUUAUUGGCUACUGAAGGCGGUCUGAGAAGGGGAAUCUUGGGUGUACUCCUGUUGCAUCAGCUGGUGCGGGGUUGUGGCCACGUGGCGCAAGCGCAGUGUAGGUGCGUGGCCGUCCUCUACUCCAAAUCUUAUUCUUUCGGAUUCCCAGGGCACUUUCGUUCCAGUUUUUCUUUGUAGAGGGUCUUUGUGGACCUCUCUUCCUCCGCGGCCCCGGUAGUGUUUGACGAUGUCCCAGGAAGUGGCAGUCGAUACCGUGGGGAAGAUGAGUGGAGAAGAGAAGCAGUUAGGUGGAGGUGAAGAAAAGCGAAAGGAAGGUGGAAAAAAGAAAAAUAAAGAAGGAUCUGCUGAUGGAGGUCGUACAGAGCUGAAUCCUUGGCCUGAAUAUAUCAACAAACGUCUUGAGAUGUACAAUAAACUUAAAGCAGAACAUGAUGCCAUUUUGUUAGAGAAAGCUUCAAAAGAGAGCCAGCCAAUCAAAGUCACAUUACCUGAUGGUAAACAAGUUGAUGCUGAAUCCUGGAAGACUACUCCAUACCAAGUAGCUUGUGGAAUUAGUCAAGGCCUUGCUGAUAAUACAGUAAUUGCCAAAGUAAAUAAAGUUGUUUGGGAUCUAGAUCGCCCUCUAGAGGAAGACUGUACCUUAGAGCUUCUUAAAUUUGAGGAUGAAGAAGCUCAAGCAGUAUACUGGCACUCAAGUGCUCAUAUUAUGGGUGAAGCCAUGGAGAGAGUCUAUGGUGGAUGCUUGUGCUAUGGUCCACCAAUAGAAAAUGGAUUUUAUUAUGAUAUGUACCUUGAGAAUGGAGGUGUAUCUAGCAAUGAUUUCUCUGCUUUGGAGACUUUAUGUAAGAAAAUCAUUAAAGAGAAACAGUUAUUUGAAAGACUAGAAGUUAAGAAAGAAACUUUGCUUGAAAUGUUUAAGUACAAUAAGUUCAAGUGUCGGAUAUUGAAUGAAAAAGUGAAUACUCCAACUACUACAGUCUAUAGAUGUGGUCCCUUAAUAGAUCUGUGCAGAGGUCCUCAUGUCAGACAUACUGGCAAGAUUAAGACUUUGAAAAUUCACAAGAAUUCAUCUACAUAUUGGGAAGGCAAAGCUGAUAUGGAAACUCUGCAAAGAGUUUAUGGCAUUUCAUUCCCAGAUCCUAAAAUGCUAAAAGAAUGGGAGAAAUUCCAAGAGGAAGCAAAAAAUAGAGAUCAUAGAAAGAUUGGCCGGGAUCAGGAACUCUAUUUCUUCCAUGAGCUCAGUCCUGGAAGUUGCUUUUUCAUGCCAAAGGGUGCCUACAUCUAUAAUACACUUGUUGAAUUCAUUAGGAAUGAGUAUAGGAAAAGGGGGUUCCAGGAGGUCGUUACUCCAAAUAUCUAUAACAGCAAACUCUGGCUGACUUCAGGACACUGGCAACACUACAGUGAAAACAUGUUCUCCUUUGAAGUUGAAAAGGAGAUAUUUGCUCUGAAGCCCAUGAAUUGCCCGGGACACUGCCUUAUGUUUGAUCACCGACCCAGAUCCUGGAGAGAAUUACCCUUGCGAUUAGCUGACUUUGGGGUACUUCAUCGAAAUGAGCUGUCAGGUGCUCUCACAGGGCUCACUAGAGUAAGGCGAUUCCAGCAGGAUGAUGCUCACAUAUUUUGUACCAUGGAGCAGAUUGAAGAGGAGAUAAAAAAUUGUUUGGACUUCUUGCGUACAGUAUAUAAUGUGUUUGGAUUUUCCUUUAAACUGAAUCUGUCAACUCGCCCAGAAAAAUUCCUUGGAGAUGUUGAAAUCUGGAAUCAAGCUGAAAAGCAACUUGAAAGCAGCCUUAAUGAAUUUGGCGAAAAGUGGGAGUUAAACCCAGGGGAUGGAGCUUUCUAUGGACCAAAGAUUGAUAUUCAGAUUAAAGAUGCUAUUGGUCGAUACCACCAGUGUGCAACAAUUCAACUAGAUUUUCAACUACCAAUUAGAUUUAAUCUUACUUAUGUGAGUCAUGAUGGUGAUGAUAAAAAAAGGCCAGUAAUUAUUCAUAGAGCCAUUUUAGGAUCUGUGGAAAGAAUGAUUGCUAUCCUAACUGAAAACUAUGGAGGCAAAUGGCCUUUUUGGCUGUCUCCUCGUCAAGUAAUGGUAGUACCAGUGGGACCAACAUGUGAUGAAUAUGCCCAAAAGGUACAACAACAGUUCCACAAUGCUAAUUUAAUGACUGACAGUGAUUUGGAUCCAGGCUGUACAUUGAACAAGAAGAUCAGAAAUGCACAGCUAGCCCAAUAUAACUUCAUUCUAGUUGUUGGUGAAAAAGAGAAAACUAGUGGAACUGUGAAUAUCCGUACAAGAGAUAACAAGGUGCAUGGAGAACGAACUGUCUCUGAAACAAUUGAGAGGUUGCAACAGCUGAAGCAGACUCGCAGCAAGCAAGCUGAAGAAGAAUUUUAGGGAAGGUUUCCUCACCUUCCUACCUUCCAGCCCCUAUAAUUGGUUCAGUGUAAAAAAGAGCAGGUGUUUUUGUUUUUCUAAGUAACAUACAGUCUGUACAGCUUCUGUGACCUCAGUUUUUAUUGACUACAGAAGAGUAUUGCCUGCUCGGGAUUUGAGGUGAUUUUUCAGUGAUCCUCCUUUAAUCUGUUUUUGCCAUUUUUAGACACUGAAUAAAUACAUUUGAAACACUUGAUUAAUAAAAAAGACAGACUGAAAAAUGAUUAGAUUCUUUAAAUAUCUGAUCACUGAAAAUAAAAUGAGGAAUACUUCCAAGUGAUGUGGGGAAAGUAUUAUGUAGGGAAAGAUUAGUGUUAGAAAAUUAAAGAAGUAAUGAGAAUUUAGUAUGUAUUUAUACCAAAUGCAAAGUCCUUUGACAACAAAAAAAUGUUGGGCAAAUAGGUGUAUAAAUGGUUUCACACAAUAUUAAAAUGUUUUAAAAUAAGUUUGUUACUGUGAUGAAGUAGAGAAGAAUAACUUAAUUCUCAUUUUAAUAAGAGUAAAUUCUUUAAUUCUAAGAAUUAACAUUUUAUAAUGAAUAUAAAAACUCAUAAAUAUCUUAA